AUGGACUUGAUGCACACAGUUUACUUUCAGCUCCAACAGGAGUAUCCCCGGUUGAUCAACUACAUUCCGUAUAUUGCUGCAGCACUUUUCAGCCUUUUUGUGUUGGCGACUUGCUGGCAGCGUGUUCGAGAUGGUGGACUGGAUUUGCCCGUAAUGGGUCAUGACAGGGAGACUGACUUCCGUGCUGCCCUGGAAGAGGGUGCUGAAAAGUACCCAAACACUCCAUUUAUACUAGCCACGCCGAUGCACCCAACUGUCAUCCUUCCGUUGUCAAUCAUGGAUGAAAUCAAGAACCUGCCCGAGAAUGUCCUGUCACUCCGACAGCAUCACUACACUAUCUUCUUAGGACAAUACACAGGAUUCGGCGAGCCGUGCGAUCAGCUAGACGUGGCUAUCCGAUCGGAUCUGACGCGUCACCUGGAACAAAACCUGGAAACCUUCCACGACGAGGUGGGCUACGCAUUCGAAAAGUAUGUGGGAGAGUGUACAGAGUGGACUGAGAGAACGUUGUAUGAUACUGUGCUGGGCAUAGUAUGCCUGUUGAGCUCCCGUGCAUUCGUUGGACUGCCUCUGAGCCGAGACGAAGAGUGGAUUCACGUCUCCGCACGAUACGCUCUGGAUGGUGGCCACGAAGCUCAUUCGCUUUCUCCAUACCCGAGGUUCAUUCGGCCGCUGGUAGCGCCCUUCAUACUCAAGCGACUGAAGCGCUACCGAGUCAUCGCACGGCGAAUGCUUCAGCCAGUGCUGGACCAAAUCAUUGAAGACACCAAGAAUGGGCAGACAAAGAAUGCGAAGCCAGGUGGAGAUCUGAUGCGCUACAUUCUAAACCAUUACGAGAAUGAGCCUGUAAUGGAGCACCUUGCUCGUGACCAACUCAACGCCAGCUUUGCAGCCAUGCAUACCACCACCAUCUGUAUCACACAAACGCUGUUUGACCUGGCCGCACGACCGGAGUAUAUCGCUCCACUUCGCGAGGAGCUUGCCUCGGUCAUGGAAACCGACGGGGCCUUGGACGGGCGAUUGCACAAGCAGUCCAUGGUCAAACUUGCCAAAAUGGACAGCGUAGUGCGCGAGAGCCAGCGUAUGAAUCCCCCAGGACUUGUGUCAAUGCUGCGGAGGAUCACCGCGCGCAAAGGGUUGCUGUUGUCGACCGGUCACCGCAUCCCUUACGGCACUGUCGUGGGCUUCUCUGCGCACGAAGUGACUCGUAAAUACCCCGAUUUUGAUAAAUUUGAUGGCUUCCGCUUUGCCAACUUGCGCAAGCAGCCUGGUCAAGCGACUCGCCAUCAGUUGGUGGCCACCGGCCCGGAUCAAAUCAGCUUUGGCCACGGUGCCCACGGCUGUCCAGGACGAUUCUUCGCGGCCAGCGAGAUCAAGGUGAUUAUGGCACACCUACUGCAGAAUUAUGACAUCAAACUUCUCGAUGGGGCCACGAGACCGGAGAGUGUGCACGCUGGUGCAACUGUAUCUCCUGCAAGGGACAAGAUUCUCUUCCGUAGAAGGGUGAAUUGA